UAGAGUGACUGUUGGGCCAGCCUGGGGGAGAGCCACUAGCUAUGAAGGGCCAGUUGGUGGGUCUUUGGACAGGGAGGACCCCUUCCCUGCGGCAGAUGCAGGGUGCCCUGCAAAGUUCGGCGGCGGGUGGAGGCGGGUCUGCGCCCAGCCUGGGGCCGGGAAGCUCCAACCCCUGGAGAGGGAGGAGCUGCUGCCCUGGUGGGGCAGGUGGGGGGAGCCUGGGCCCAGGUGUGUCCGGGGCUCUGGGAAGUGAUUGCUCCCUGGCGGACGCAGGCAAAUUAAAGCAGUCUUGGCCCCAGGAUACCGCUCUGGGAAGCCGCGUUCGUCUCCCAAAGGAUCCGUCGGUUCUUCGGAGGAAGGCCAUGGAAGGGGAAGGGUUAAGAAACUUCAAGGAACUUCGAGCCAAAUUUCAAAAGUUUGAUGUGCCCUCUCUUCCAAGACCUAUAUUCCCAGCAAGAAUUUGUCAAAAGAGCGAUAUUGGAAACACACAGUCAACAGGUGUUUUGGCCAAUGAGAAACCCCUCUCCUCCAACCACAGUCAGCUCCCACUGUAUUGUUCUAGCGGUGAACCCCAGCCUCUUCAACCCCAGGAAACGAAGUCCUCCCAGAGGAGCAAGAUUCAGAGAUGUUCUGAUUCCUCAGAACCUCCAGAAGGGUCUACUGAUUCUGCAGUAAAGUCACAGAAGACGUCUCUGCUGUUAGACGUGAAUCAGUCAAAUGCUGACAUAACCCAUGAGAGGAAUGUCAUGGUGACUGACAGCUUCAAAGACAAGCUCUGGAAUUGGGAGAAGGUUUCAUCUCAGAAAAGUGGGAUGUCUUCAGCCUUUGUCCUUGCCAGUCGUGGAAGAAGGGCCUUCCAUCUGGAGGAGGAGAAAAGCAUAGGGCUUGCUCCACAGGAGCCCAGGGGGAAGCUAGAAACAGGAGGAGCCCAGACCCUUCCUUCCCAGAAGCACUUGAUGGCCCCCCAAAAUUCACUUGCCUCCUUUCAAGAUCCUACUUCUCUACUUUUUCAAUGUGGCAGGAAGAGCCUAGAAAGCCCCUAUCCUGAGAGGAGCCCCGUGGGGAACACCUGCCAGCCUGUCUAUGAGAGUGAACUUGCCAUCCAGGUCCCCGAGAAACAGCCAGAUGACAAGCAUCACCAACUUCUCAAAACAAAGCCACUGCCUUCCAUCAAGUCCCUGGGUCCUCCUCCCCCAAAGCCUCCGAAGCCCCCAGCCGUGAACCUCCAGGCCUUCCAGAGGCAGGCAGCUGUAAUUGCUAAGACCCACACGGAAGCCGCUGUGGAAGAGGGCUGCCUGCCUCCAGAGAGUGCUGAAUUUGAAGAACCACAUAAUUAUGAGGCGACAAUUUCAUAUCUGAAACACUCUGGCAACUCCAUUAACCUGUGCACCGCAAAAGAAAUUGCUGAUUCAACUUACGAAGUCGAAAUCGAAGAACUGCGAAAGCCUUGGAAGAGUGGUCUCCGUGGAGAAUUCAGCCCUACACAUGAAGAUGAAGGUAAAAAAGAGAAGGAAAAGGAGCUGUGUGAAUUGGAACCUCGAAAACCAGAAAGGGAUCUACAUUCAAGCCGUCUUUUCGAGGGGGCUGCCUCUGGAGGGAUGCUGGGAAGAAACAAGGUGAUGAAGGUCCACGGAGGCAGCAGGAGCCCGCUGCCCGGGAAACAGGACACUGGGAGCAUCAUGGCUGUCCAGACAAAGCCCCGCCCCCAUGACCCAAAGCUGGCCAGACACUCCUUAAGCCACGGUGGGUAUGUGGAGGCCUUGGAGGUCACUAAAGAAAUGCCAGGCCAGGGGGCCUGGAAGCCUCGCUCCAUCUCAGAGGAGACAUACGACGAUGUUGAGUGCCCCAGCAGAGGGAGAACAAGGUCGGAUUUCUCUAGCUCAUUUGCUUCAGAUGAUGAAGAAAAUAGUGAAGAAGUGUAUGAAGAGGUCUACAAAACAAAAGGCAACUACCCAAAAAUAGACUUAGACGGAAAAGAAGCACUUAAAAGACUGCAGAAAUUCUUGAAGAAAGAAAAGAACAGAUUUAAAAUGAAGAAAAACAAGUUGAAAGAAAAUGUAAGGUAAAAAGUCUUUGGCGGUUGUUUUUGUUUCUCCCCCCCCCCACCCCCCGAUGGGGGAACUCGCAGUGUCAGCCCUGUGGCUCUGCGUCCUAGUCUCAGAAACGGUGCAGGGGGUAUCAGAAACCAAAGCCAAAGGCCUGCUUAUCACCUGCCUCUUCUUUCCAAUUUGUGAAUGAACCACACCCACAGCUAGUAAUAAGAAGGUGACAACAUCCGUUUGGGAAAAAAAAAAAAAAAAUUGAUGAAACAGGGUUGUAAACAGUGGUAGAGAGGAAAGCCUAAGCAAAGUCCAGAAAGUAAUUUUGUUGCCAUAUAUCCCUGUUAUCACCGGCCACUGUGUCAUAUAUCCCUGUUAUCACCGGCCAUUGUGUUAUUAAUUACGUCCUUGUGUGUUUUCUUGGCCCUGCGAGUUUCAGUGUUUUACCUGUCUACACUUCUGUAUUCUAAUUUGCAUCUCUAGAGAGAAGUAAUGUGUAGACAGGGGAGAUGAACUUUGCAGCUGACUGGUUCAUAUAUCUCAAGGUGUUAGACCUGGAAAGGGCCCUCCAAGAUCUCCGCGCUAAUUACCAGUGGUUGAGAAGGUUACACGUUCGCCAGCAGUAUGGGAGGCCUGGAUUCUGGAUGCUAGUUACAGCUUGGUCGUUUACUCAGUGUGCAGUUGUGGGCAAAUCAUGCCCCAGCCCAUGUUUCCUCUUGCCUACGAGAGAGGCUGGGCAGUUUCCGCAGGCACUUCUCUAAUAUGUAGAAAUGGAUAUAGACAGAGAUCUGUGUUUUAUAAGAGCAGGGGACAAUAAGAUAAUUUCCCUAAGGUCCAGAUACACUGGCAUGGAAUUACUACUCUACCUUGACAUUCUCGUCCUUCGUAGAAGCUGAAAGUUACAUGAUUUUUAGUCCAGUUGUCUGCUGGAUCUAGAUCUACCAAGAGAUCCAACAGACUGUCUUGUUCACAGAUUGUACUCCUGACCAUGGAAGUAGAGUUCCAGUGGUCAGUUAGACCUACGCUUGAAGGCAUACUCGGGCCCUGGCAGGUUAGAUGCUUCUGACAAAAAACGAUUAGCAUGAUGCCUGUGGUCCCUUAAAAAAUUGAUCCAGGCGGGGCACCUGGGUGGCUCAGUCGGUUAAGCGUCCG